AGACAGAUCACUGUGUGCUCAACACUUCAGCCGAACUAAAAAAUAGCAGUGUUUGAUACAAGGAUGAGGACUUCUCUUGAUUUAGGGAUAUAUUUUGGACUUUGGAUCCUGAUCUUUUCCAGUUUGGUUAAUUCUGUGCUCCUAAUUUCCAUUGAACCUGAGGAAGAUGUGCUACAAGAGGCUAUGAAAGAUGGGUUCCUUGUUGAAGACUCUUCCCCUUCGCCACUCAAAUCCGAAUCACUACAAGAAAACACAACCACUCAACAGUUCAACCAAACAUCCUCUGACAGAGAUGAUAGUCAUAUUCAAAGCCUGCUGAAGGAGACCAUGGAGGGCAGCGCAUCCGGUGACUGGCCUUUUCAGCCGUGGGAUAAUGGGUAUUCAACCACAAGUGAAAAAGAUUUGUCAGGUUCCGACUCAACGACUACAUCCUUGUCAGAUACAAAUGUAACCCAGUCAAGCAUCACCACAGAACUUAGUGUGCCCUCCCAAACUGAUGAUUCAGAAGAUUUUUAUUCUGGGUCUGGAAAUGGUGACAUCCUAGACCAAUAUUUUACAACGCCACCAAGUAUGAAUUAUACUGAAGGUGAUGUUGCAAAAACACCUUUAAUUUACACAAGACAGAAUGGAAAAGAGGAAGCACCAGGAAUGCCAAUGAAAAAAGGAAGAGCCAUGAUAUUUGAAUUACCAUCUGUGCAAGAGACAGACAGCGCUCCAACAGAAGAGCAACACAAAGGACAUGUAACACCUGAUUGGAUAAUCAUCUUGGGUUUCGUUGUUGGCGUUGCAGCCUUGGUGAUGCUUUGUGCUGCUAUUGCUACCAGAGACAAGUGGAAUGGGCCACGGCAAGCAUUGAGUUUACAAACCAAGGUUGAGUACCCACAGCAGCAGAAGGAUGAGAAUGAGGUGUUCCUUGAAAAAGAUGCACCCAAAGAAAAUGGAAAGGCAGUAGAGUAUACAGUUAUUCCACUGGAUGAGCUUCCAGAGAAAUAUUCACACUAACACAAAUAUUUUAUUUAAAGUAUGUGGAGCUGUGCCAUUGCAGAUAAUGGGCAAAAAAUAGAGCAUUGAUACAACUUAAUAUCCCAGAAAUGCUUGUUUUCCUGAUGACAUGCACACCUGUAAAUACUUUGUCACUAUAGCAACUCUCGUGAGGAUAAAUGGCACGAUAUAUGAAUGAAUGAAUGAUUUUUUCCCCUCUUUACUCAAUACCACCACAUAAUGUUGAUUGAGAUACAAAGUAAAGUUAGCGAGUGACCUGUUAGAGAAAAAGACCAAUAUUGGAUUAAGUCAUAAUAUGUAAAUAUCAGAUUUUUUUUCAUAACAUUAUUUUUGUACAUUUUUGUAGAAAUGCAAUUGUGUGUAUGUGACUUUUUUUAAGAUGUUCCGUUGAAUUCACAAAAUAUUUUUUGAAAGCACUGAAUUUACAGUAUGUAUGCAACUUUUUGUAUGUUCCUAUUCUUUACAAUGUGAACUGAACUAUGAAAAAUAAGCCCCAAGAGCACCACAUCAAUAAUUUAUUUGCAUUGUUUGAUUUUUACACACUCAUAAUAAA